AUGGUUGAGAUAUUUUGACAAUGGGUCUAGAAGAGAGAGUUUUCAUCGCCUUGGGUUCCAACCUUGGUGAUAAGUCAGCUUGUUUAUUCGGUGCACUGCAGAAACUCAGGGAAAUUGCGAAAGUCAUUGCUACUUCUUUUCUUUAUAAAACAUCUCCUAUGUAUGUAGAAAAUCAACCGUCUUUUUACAACGCUGUGUGUGAAAUCCGGACGGAAAGAGAACCUCUUGACCUUCUACAUCAACUUCAGGAUAUAGAGAGUUCUUUUGGAAGAGUUCGCAGAGGUGAGCGAUAUGGACCGCGUUCGCUGGACCUUGACGUAUUAAUAUUUGGUAAUAGAAUCAUAAACACAGAAGAGCUGAUAGUUCCACAUCCACGAUUGGCUGAGCGUGACUUUGUUCUUUUUCCUUUGAGAGACAUCGACCGGAAUUUGCCUCUUGCUACAGGAGAAACUGUAGAACAAGCGUGUGAAAGAGUUUCAGCGGUCGCAAAGGAUAUGAAGAGACUUUGUCCUCGUAGGGUAGUUUCUUGUGGUAACAAAGAGUUUUUGUGGGGAGAGAAGACUUAUACGAUGGGAAUACUCAAUGUGACUCCCGAUAGUUUUAGCGACGGAGGCAAAUAUCAAAGUGUAGAGAAUGCGCUUCAACGUGCUAUGGAAAUGAUCGACGUCGAUAUAGUCGAUAUAGGAGGGCAAAGCACCAGGCCAGGAAUUGAAUAUAUUUCUGUGGAGGAAGAAAAAUCAAGAGUGAUACCGGUAAUCAAGGCCAUUCGUGAAAAUUUGCCAAACGUCAUCAUUAGCAUCGACACCUUUAGACAUGAAGUUGCACAGGCAGCGGUCGAAAAUGGUGCCCAUAUUGUUAAUGACGUUAGCUGUGGUCUUUUAGAUGAAAAGAUGUUUGAUACAGUUCAUUCUUUGGGUGUGCCUUACAUGGCAAUGCAUAUGAGAGGAACGUCCAAAACCAUGAUGCAGUUUACAGAAUACAGUUCCUAUCCAAGUGUUGUUUUGGGAGUUGCAACUGAAUUGGAACGAAGAAUAGAUGUAUUACUGAAGCAAGGUUUUCCUCGGUGGUUGCUCAUUGUUGAUCCUGGAAUCGGCUUUGCAAAGAGUUUUGGCCAAAAUGUUGAGUUGAUUCGCAAUCUUGGUGAAUUCAAGAGUCGUCUCAGUGAUAUGCCUGUUUUGGUGGGAGUCUCACGCAAAGGGUUUAUUGCAAAGAUUGCAGACUGUGCUAGUACGGAAGAUGGUUCUGACUGGGCAACAGCCGGAGCUGUUACUGCUGCUAUUGCAUUUGGAGCUGAUAUAGUUCGUUUUCAUCGACCUGAAUUGAUCCAUACAGUGAAAGUUGCGGAUGAACUUUUUCGCAAGGUUCAGAGACUUUCAUAGACUUGGAGAAUAAUAACGACUGUCUCAAUAAUGAAUCUUAAAGCGGAAGAAUAGUUUUUUCUAUGUCUUGUAUCGACCACGCUUCUCUUCGAAAUGAUGUGUAUAAAUGAAGACUUCCUUUGAAAUACAAAUUA